CUCAAAGCGGGUUUGGUUUUUCUUCGACGAAUCGGUUCUGCAACGGACCGAACCAGAGACGACCGAACCAACAUCAGCCGACAAACCGGGUCGGGUUGCUUUCGGCUUCCUCUUCUUCCCAGUAAAACCCGUAGUCAUCUAAGAAACAGCUCUGCCUUUCACUUCCUCCCCAUCGAUCGUCGAUUCGGGUGAAGAGGAGGAACAUCGAUCGAUUCGAUGCCCCCAGACCCCUUGAUUUGCUCUUGAGGCGUCGAUUCGGAGACAUGAGCCCGGAAGAGAUCGGGACGGCGGCGAUCAAGCGCGCCAUCGUGGCUCUCCGAAAGCGGCAUUUGCUCGAGGAAGGCGCCCACGCUCCGGCCAUCAACGCCCUCUCCAGACCCCUCGUCGCCCAGGGCUUGGAGUGGAAGGAAAAAGCUGAAAACCUUGAGCUGGAACUGCAACAAUGUUACAAAGCUCACACACGGUUAUCUGAACAGCUUGUGGUAGAAAUUGCAGAAUGCAGAGAAUCAAAAGCCCUUGUUCAAGAGAAAGAAGAAUCAAUUAAUAAUUUGCAAAAUGACAUCUCACUAGCAAGGGAAGAAAACCUACAAAUUAAGCAGGACCUAGAUGAAAAGACAAAAGCUUUGGAUUUGUUAAUGAGUGAAAACCAGUCACUCAAAGCACAACUUGAGGAGAUUAGAUUGAAACUGAAAAAAACAGAGACUGAGAACAAGGAUUUAAUUGAUCGUUGGAUGCUUGAGAAGAUGAAUUCUGCAGAAAAGCUAAAUGAGGUUCGUUGUGGAGAUCAUGAGAUUGAAUAGAAGAUAGAUGAAAAGAUUGACCAGUUCAUUGGUUGGGUAGAGAAACAUCCAAACAGAAAAUGCCAGGUAUGCUUAUCUUUUUACGAGGUCAAAAAACAUGGUUUGGGAACAAAAUUGAGCGCCUUUAUUGGGAGCAGUGGUAUAUCAAUUUACAUGUGUUAAACCCUAAAUCUCAUGGUAAAUCUCAUUAUACCAAAGCACCAGUAAGCACUGGAGGUAAAAAUGCAUCUGAAGAGAGCAGUUCGAGACAUGCUGCCUUAGAGUCAUCAUUAUGUGAAGUCUUGUUUCAAAUUAUAAGAUUUGCUGAUGAGAAAAAAGACCACAUUCCAACUGUACAAAACUCUGAGAUUAUAUCAUUUCCAUUUGGGAUCUCAACUCCAAGUUCAUCGACUCCUCUUUUGGUUGGCAUGCUGAUGUGCUUAAGAGGAUGCUGCAGACUGGACAUCCUUCCAUGCUCAGUUGACUUUAAAAUUAUGCAGGCGUUUAUACUCGGUGGUGAAUGAAGCUGAAGAGAAGGGGCAUUUUGUCCAUUGAUCUUGUACAUAACCCUUGGACAGGCCUAUUAAAUCCUCAUCAUUUGUUGCAGUUUCCUGAACUACAUCUAAGGCAUCAUGGCAGACUACAAUUGCCCCUGCACUUCAGUGUGAGUAUCAAUGCCAACUUAUAAUGUGGCUAACAAGUUAUAUCAUGAUAUGCACUACAUACUUUUGCUCAAAUGUUCAUUCGUCUGUCUCGGUUGCUCGCCGUGUUUCAUAUUGCUCUUUAACUUGUUUCAUCUGCAAGUUUAAGUAUGACUUUUCGUGCACCAAAUAGGGUUCUUUAACUGGCCAUGUUCUAUUCUCUCGCUGAACUUGCAUCAGGUCUGCAACCUGUAAUUUUCAUAUUCUACAAUUGAGUAUUGGCUAGUGAUCAACACUCCUGCAGUGGUAGAUGACAGUAAUCUACAAUAAACAUAGCUCAUUCUUGGCAUGUACGAAUUUGAAUAUUUUAUUGGAUCUAGUAAAAAUCA